AUGGCAUCGGCUGCUAUUCAAACUCCCGGGGGCCACGCCGGGACUGCUCUUGCAACGCCUGUGGGAGUCCCCGUGGGCGAGAAGCCCCAUCACGUUCAAACAACACUGAACUUCUUCAAAGAGAAUCCAGACGGAUCUGAGCCGACGCCGAAUUAUGCAGGAAAGCCCGAGUCCUACAACAGGGAGCAUGACACUCUUCCCGCCCUGAUCCACGACGUCAGUGGCCACGAGCUGGAUUAUUCCCUCGACAAGCAGGGCUUCCAAUUCUAUUAUCAUGAAAGUGCAGAGAAAGACUUUCUCAAUGACGAGAAGAUCCAACGUCAAUACUAUCCCGAAACAGAGCAACUGCUGAAGGAUGCGACCGGUGCUUCACGAGUAUUCAUCUUCGACCAUACAAUCCGCCGUGGCUCCGGCACUAACAUCCUGCGCGGACCAGUCCAGCGGGUCCAUAUUGACCAGUCCUACCAGGCGUCGAAGAACCGCGUAUCGUACCACCUCCCUGACGAGGCUCCGGAGUUAUUGAAAGGCAGAUACCAGAUUAUCAAUGUCUGGCGCCCCAUCCGGACCAUCCUCAAGGACCCUUUGGCAGUUGCUGAUGCGCGCACGGUGCCGGAGGAGGUCCUGGUGCCGAUUAAACUCAUCUAUCCGGACCGCGAGGGCGAGACGUUCGGGGUAAAGGCGCACCCCGAUAUCAAGUGGUAUUAUCGGUACGGGCAGACGCCAAACUUGGUCACUUUGAUCAAGUGCUUCGAUUCCAAGACUGAUGGGCGGGCACGCCGUAUCCCCAUACGGCGUUUACGAACGCUGAAACGGAGAACGAGCCUGCGCGCGAAAGCAUCGAGAUUCGGGCGUUGGUAUUCCAUCCCGAUGACCGGGAUUAGGUUUCAAUUUUUUAAGUUGGUUCCU